AUGGCUGAUGAAAGGCUUCUCUGGGCUGCAUCGGAUGGAGAUAUUCAGAGUUUACAGGAACUGCUGACUGCCGGGGAGUGCGACGUCAAUGACCAGGACUGGAAAGGGUGGACACCACUUCACUGGGCUGCCUUGUACGGUCACACGCAAUGUGUCCAGCUUCUCCACCAACACGGGGCUGAUACCAAUAUACAGGAUAAGAAUGGGUGGACACCACUUCACCUGGCUGUCUGGUGCAGCCCCAAGCAAUGUGUCCAGCUUCUCCUCCAACACGGGGCUGAUACCAAUAUACAGUCUGAGAAUGGGUGGACACCACUUCACUGGGCUGCCUUCUGGGGCCACACGCAGUGUAUUCAGCUUCUCCUCCAACACGGGGCGGAUACCAGUAUACAGAAUAAGGAGAGAAAGACACCAAGAAUGAUGGCAGAGGACGAAGAACACGCUGCCGUAGUAGAGCUGUUGAGGCGAUUUGAAAUACCAGAUAUACAGGGGUAUGUACAGACCAGGACUUUGGAACACCUUGCUGAACUAUUAGAUCCUGCUGAAUAUACCAUCAUUAACCAGACCAACCUGAGCACAAACUUUCCUGACGUCUUUCAAUUCCAAAAGGUGCAGGAACUGAAAGACUGGGCCAACCAGAACAAUUGUACACAUAUUAGAGACCUAAAGGAUCGGCUACAGGAUUCAAACCUUCUGCGACUUUCCAGUAAGUAA